AUGGAGGCCAACUCGCCGUCACCAGACGCGCCCUCAUCGGAGCUACCGCCCCUACGUCUCUCGCCAGAUGAGCAACAAGUCCUCACUUUCUACGACCAACUCCGCGAUCUCGAGCUUAAAGUCGCCCUCCUCAAAGCCCAAACAGCAUACAUCCCAGACACAGCCCCAGCGGCCGAAACAUCGCUCGAAGAAGCCCAGUCCGCCGCCUCGGCCGCCAAAGCAACCUACCUACUCCGCAACACAAUCACAGACGCCGUCCUCACCGCGAACCCGAUCCUCCAGGCCGUCCACAGCAGCACGCGCGCCACGCCGAUAGAGUCAGACCUGCUGCCGUCAGUCCGCGCCCGGGACGCCGCCUCGGCGACGCUCGCCCGCAACGCGACGAGCCUGCGCGACACGCUCGACGCCCUGGCCGCGACCCGCGCUAAGGCCCUGUCCGCGGGGCGUCGGAACGCCGAGCUCGCGCAGGAGGUGCUGCGUCUCGCCGAGGAGGCGGCGCGGCGGCGAGGCGGCGGCAGCGGGCCUAAGGGGAGCGGCGGCGAAGACGACGAGACGAGGCGGGAGACGCAGCUGCUGAGGGCCGGGCUCAAGGCGAGCAGGCAGAAGUGGAAGGUCAUGAAGGGUACGGCAAGCGCGAUUGUGGUCGGGAGCGGGGUCGACUGGGUUGGCGACGAGGGCCUGAGGUGGAUGGUGCUCGAUCCCGAGGGGGAGGAGAUGUGA